AUGAAAAAAACGUGGAAUGUUAUCUCGUCACGAAGUGUACUCGCAACAAAAACCAAAUCACAUUUAAAAAUCGCAAAAGAUGUCGAAGCGUCGAAAUAUUUUAUACAUACAUCUCAAUGUCGUGUGCCAUAUGUGGAUCCGUUCUCUAAUGAAACCCUGAAAAUAUUUAACCCAAAAGAAUAUAAAUACACAAAUUGCACUGAUGAUGAGGCAUUCAUUACGACCAACUAUCAGCUAAAUGCACGGCAAUACUUUUUACAUAUGAAUUUUCCGGCUAUUGGACGAGCGGUAAAGGUUCUAAAUGCCAGUGUUACAAAUGUUCGUUGUUGUUAUCGACAAAUUGUUCGAGCAGGGAGUGAUGAAUCGGCUGACAACGCUUACAACCUCCUUCCUUGCAGUAUAUUUCACCAGGAUUUCAAGAUACCACAGCACAUAGACUAUAUAAUAACAGAAUGUUAUUUGGACAACAAUAAAGAGCAAAUAGUCCAAAAAGAUGCGUUUUCGUUCAUACAACAACCAGAAUUUAAUUCAAACAACUCUAACAACUUACCCCCCACAUCAUCCCACUUGAAGAAGAGGAAGCCCAGUGUAUUGCUAUUGGGCAUUGAUAGCGUUUCGCGUAUAAACUUACGCCGUACCAUGCCGGAGACAUUUAAAUACAUGCAAAAUAACCGAUGGUUCGAAAUGGAAGGAUAUAAUAAAGUUGGUGAUAACACAUUUCCAAAUUUAAUGGCUCUGAUGACAUCAUAUAAUCUAACAACAGCAACAGACAAAUGUAAACCUGAAUCUGUAGGUGGUCUGAAUAAACCUAUUUGUAAUUUAAUUUGGAAUAAUUUUAAGCAGUUUGGAUACAAAACAGCAUAUGCCGAAGAUACAUCCUGGAUGAGCACAUUUAAUUAUCUAAAAACAGGGUUCCAGCAACCACCAACGGAUUAUUAUUUACGGCCCAUGAUGAUGGCAAUUCCAAAGCAAAUGAAAGUGAAGAAGAUGGCAGGCUUAGCAUAUUGCAUAGGCCGUAAACAUCAAGCCGAAUACAUUUUUGAUUACGCAUUACAAUUUGCGAAUGCCUUUCCUGAAGAUCCGCUGUUCGGACUAUUCCGGGCAAAUUCAUUUAGUCAUAACUCCUUUGGUACAACAGCAACAAUGGAUAUGAAAAUGUUAGAAUAUCUCACGAAAAUGGAGAGUGGUGGCAUACUGGAACGUUCAAUUGUAAUAUUCUUCGCUGAUCAUGGUAUACGCUGGGGUUCAUUGCUUAAAUUAAAAUCUGGAUUCUUAGAAGAACGACUACCGAUGAUGUUUAUAUCAUUACCAUCAUGGUACCGAAAUGAAUAUCCAGAUUUCGUGAACGCUUUGGAAAUAAAUCAACACCGUUUAACUUCACCCUAUGAUAUAUAUGCGACGCUGAAGCAUGUACUCGAAGAGUCCGACCCAGAAAUUGAAUUCUCUUACCUUAAUGACACAGUGAGGGGUUUAAGUAUUCUUCAUGAAAUACCAGAGAAUCGUUCCUGCAUUGAUUCUGGUAUCACCGAACACUGGUGUACUUGCAUACCAUACGAAGUUUUACCCAGCACCGACGCUACUGCGACCUACGUAACUGUUUUGGUGAUCGAUGAAAUUAAUCAAUAUUUAGAUGAUAUAAAUAUCAGUAGUAAGUGUAGUCUUCUAGAGUUAAAGAGCCUCAAGAAGGUAGAAAUCAAAAUGUAUGAAUUAUCGAAUCAAUCAGCAUACAGAAUAACCUUCGAAGCGAAUCCGAAGAAGCCAAAAUUUCAAGCAACAGCUGUUUAUGAUAAGACUUCAAAUACAAUCACUACAAAUGUGGGAGAAAUAUCCCGUCUGGAUUCGUAUGCUACCACCGCCGACUGCAUCGAUUCGAAAGAGGCGAAGAAAUUUUGCAUUUGUGCAAAUAUGAAAUCUUAAAAGAUUAGUUAGUAAUUUGAGCACCCAUUAGUGGAAUGGACUAAUAAAGAAAUCGAGGCAACGAUCUUUCGCCGGACACCAGAUUAUGAUUUCAUGAAAUGAUUGACUUUUGGG